AUGAUGAACCCGAUGCUCCUCACUUCCCUGGUGUUCGCCUCACUGGGAUGCGUGGAUACAGCCACCGUCAACGAGCAGGACGGGGGAUACGAGCACGUGCUGGUUGCCAUCGGGAAGGACGUCGCGUACCACGGAGACAUCCUCGUAAACCUAAAGGCUUUAUUCAGAAAGGCAUCUGCUUUCCUCCUGGCGGCCACAAAAGGAAAAUUCUACUUCAAGGAAGUCAUAAUCAGUGUGCCCAGCAGGUGGCCACCAAUGGGCCGCAAGAAGGUCUGGGAGGACCUGUUUAACCAAGCCGACGUCCAGGUGGUCUCUGGCUUGAAAGAACCGGACACUCUGAAUCCGAGUCGUUCCUUUCCGGGGGACUUUAAUCCAGUCCGGUUUCCGUCCGAGUUUGUCCGCGACUUGAACUCAACAACAACCAAGAAGUUCGGGAAACCAGAGUACCAUCUAAUACAUCACUGGGCCAACCACCGCUACGGCGUCUUCGCGGAGCACGCUUCCUCUCCCGACAAGGCGCUCUACUGCAGUAACAACAAAAUGGAGGCCACAAGAUGCACUGAUGAGAUCGGAUUCAAACUAAGCAACGCCCAUGGGUCGGUUUGUCCAAAAAAUGAUGCCUGCACAGACAUGUCUGACCUCUGUGACGUCGCCUUUCACCAGGAAAAAGAGCCAGCUCCAGCGUCUAUCAUGUUCUUACCGUACCUAAACGGGGUGUCCCAGUUCUGCGACCAGGACACCCAUAAUCCCGAUGCUCCUAAUUUGCAAAACGAGCGUCACCAAGGAGUGUCCACCUGGGAUGUGAUAAGCAAACACGAUGACUUUCUUCGCCACAUAAUCCGACACGUGAUCAACGACGAUGAGAGCGUGGGCAUCAUUAGGUUUAACUCGUCUUGUAAAGUACUGCAGCACCUCAUAAAAUUGAGCAUAAGUGGCGCACGCGAAAACCUUGCUGACAUGGUGGAUCGCCUUGAAGUCGGUGGUGGGACCUCUAUCGGCUGCGGUCUUCAAUUGGGCAUACAGACAUUAUCUGUAACGUUCCGUAAUACCACCAAAGCCGUAGCUGACAGUUUACAUUAUCAUUUCUGUACAGCAGACAUAGAGCAACAGAAGCGCAGUACGCAAGUACAGGACUAA